GCAGAGUGUACAAUGGAGCCGCAGCGGAGGGUGGAUCAUGACUUUUUGCACACUUGUGUGAGGAAAUGGUGCUAUUCUCUAGAGGUUAGGAGCAUGAUGAUAACGUUUCUCCAGGCUACAGAAUAGAGGAUGUUUCAUUACGCACUUGUCUACAUGGCAUAUUUUUUCAGUAGAUGGCUACCGAGGAACCAAAGGUCGAAAUUUCAAAUAAUAAAUGUAGUUUUUGUGAUGCUCGUCGUCAUUCCUCAAGUUUAUGUCCUGACAAGACUCAGAUCUUCCCGUUAUUGUCGGCAGCCUCUCCUAAGCAAUCUCUCGGCCUCUAUUGUAUUAUCCUUCAUUGCUAUAGGUUUUGCAGUGAUAUUCACAUUGAUGGACCCUGUACCCCAGGGCUUCAGGGCCGCCUACCAUCUGUUUGGGUUGGUGUCCUUUGGCCAAGGACUGUAUACCAUUAUCGUGACUCUUACAGCAGCAACAUGCGCAAAAACCACUCCAGAGUUGUACUACCUGUCCUUGAUUUUGUCGUCCGCUUGCAUUCUCAGUAUAGCAUUUGUUUUGGUGAAGGGAGGACUAUGGGUAACUCAGAGACUUCCCUCUGUUUGGUCUGAGAGACAAUGAAGAAACCAGGCAACAGUGUUACGUUUCUCUGUU